AGCUGAUGUGGUCUGUGCCUUUUGGACAAAACUGCGGAACGGUUAUUCUUAUCAAAAUCACGAUGGUUUUGUUUGGACUUCAGUUAUCACUUAUCACUUUUCGUCAAUUUUUAACGACUAAUAAACGCAGAAGUCAGAACUCAGAAUAAUAAAAAACACCAAAAGUGAAAAGCUCAACUGUAAAUGGUUGAUAACUGUGAUUGCAAACAAUCAAAUUUAGGUACAUAGUAUUAUUAUAAAAUAUUUCGGUUUUUAAUUUUAAAAAAAAAUUAUGUCAAGAAUAAUAUUUUAAAAAUGGCUAAAAACUUCUUGAAGAGCAGCAUUGAAAAUGCAUCUCUUAAUAUACUUCUACAAAUAGCGUUCCGAUGUCAAACAUUUAUUUUAAAUGCGCAUGUGUUACGAUAUGUCUCCCAAGAUGAAGUCGGUGUUACUAAUGUUCGAUUGUUAUUGCUAGAGUCCACAGUAUUGUUUCUCAGCCGAGAAGCUUUUCGAAGGGCCUGUUUAACAGAUACAAUAAACCAUAACUGGCCAAAGGUCGUCAAUCUCAUCUGGCUGGCAGUAUCACUAUGCGUUGCAAUUUGCGGGUUGUUUGGUUAUAUUUGGUUAAACAUAUUGGAACAGCCAAGUUCGUCUGUUACUAUUUAUUACAAUUUUGGAGUUUGGGCGAUACUCAUUAGCUGUGUCAUGGAAUUAUGCUGCGAACAGUUAUACAUAAUAGCACAAUCAUUUUUGUUUGUUAAACUACAGGUUGUGUUGGAAAUUAUUAAUAUUAUGGUACGAACGAUAGUUUAUACAACAUUGGUAUUGUCUUGGAGCGGUCAAAAUUCUGUUUUGGCUUUUUCUUUAGCGCAACUUGCUUCAGUUUUUGCGUAUACAAUAUCGUUUUAUGUAUACUUUUGGUAUUAUAUAAAACAUCAGAAUAAAGAUUUUCCAUUCAAGUCUAUGUGGGAUUUUUUCCCAAAUAUCUCUAAUAAAAAAUGGUCUGAGUGUUUAGAUAUACCAUUAGUUAUGUUGCUUUGGAGUUUCAUGAAACAGGGUUUAAUGAAACAGCUUCUUACCGAUGGAGAACGUUAUGUCAUGACAUUUUUUAAUACUUUAAAGUUUGAUCAACAAGGCGUAUAUGAUAUUGUGAAUAAUUUGGGCUCAUUAGCUGCUAGAUUUUUAUUUAAACCCGUUGAGGCUGCUUCAUAUUUCUAUUUUAGUCAACUUGUUCACAGAGAUAUUCCAAUUAAAAAACAGAUAGAGCAAGAUUCCAAUAAAGUAAAAGAAGCAACUAGUGUUUUAGAAUGUCUAUUACGAAUUAAUAGCUCAGUUGGUCUAGUAGCAUUAUCAUUUGGCCAAGCAUAUGCAAAACUUGCUUUGUUUUUAUAUGGUGGGUCAAGUUUAGCCCUUGGCAUAGGACCUAUUUUACUGAAGUUGCAUUGUUUGGCCAUUUUAUUUUUGGCUGUGAAUGGAAUUACAGAAUGUUAUGCUGCUGCUACAAUGAAUGUCACAGAAUUAAAUAAGUAUAAUAUUGAAAUGGUCAUGUUGUCUGUGAUAUUUUUAUUUAUAUCGUUUUUGUUGUCUUGGUUUCUGGGUGGAGUAGGAUUCAUUCUGGCUAAUUGUUUCAAUUUUACUUUUAGAAUUAUACAAUGUGGACGAUAUAUUUUAUUCCAAUACAAAGAUACCAAUUUCAAACCACUUAAUGGGCUGUUGCCCAAAAAGUCAUUCAUUGUAUGCUUAAUACUUUCAACCAUUUUAACAUUAUAUUCUGAGGAAAAAUAUUAUGAAAAUAAUAAAAUUAUUCACGUUUUAAAUGGCGGCAUUAUGUUUGUGUUGACAAUAUCUAUUUGGUUGUUUGAAGAAAUAUCUACAUUUAAAUUCCUCGCAAAAGUUUACCGAUCAAAACACAAUUAAACUAUUAUUUUUGUAAUAAUAUAUUACAAAAGGUUUAUAUUACAUAUUAAAACGGAAUAAUUUUUCUUAUCAUUUUUUAGAAUGUACUUUUUUUUACCAAAAAGUUGUUGUGAUAAACUGUUCAUUUUUUUAUUUUAU